AUGUUACAUCUAUCUUCUUGUCAUUUCUAUCUAUCUUCUUUUUCUAUUUCUUCUCAUUUCUUUCUAUUUUCUUGUCAUUUAUCUAAUUUCUUCUUGUCAUUUCUAUCUAUCUAUCUUCUUGUCAUUUCUAUCUAUCUUCUUGUCAUUUCUUUCUAUCUUCUUGUCAUUUCUAUCUAUCUAUCUUCUUGUCAUUUCUUUCUAUCUUCUUGUCAUUUCUUUCUAUCUUCUUGUCAUUUCUAUCUAUCUUCUUGUCAUUUCUAUCUAUCUAUCUUCUUGUCAUUUCUAUCUAUCUAUCUUCUUGUCAUUUCUAUCUAUCUUCUUGUCAUUUCUAUCUAUCUUCUUGUCAUUUCUUUCUAUCUUCUUGUCAUUUCUUUCUAUCUUCUUGUCAUUUCUAUCUAUCUUUUGUUGUCAUUUAUCUUCUUGUCAUUUCUAUCUAUCUUUUUGUCAUUUCUAUCUAUCUUUUUGUCAUUUCUUUCUAUCUUUUUGUCAUUUCUUUCUAUCUUUUUGUCAUUUCUUUCUAUCUAUCUUUUUGUCAUUUCUAUCUAUCUAUCUUUUUGUCAUUUCUAUCUAUCUAUCUUUUUGUCAUUUCUUUCUAUCUAUCUUUUUUGUCAUUUCUUCUUUUGUCAUUUCUAUCUAUUUCUUUCUAUCUAUUUUCAUUUCUUUCUAUCUAUUUCAUUUCUAUCUAUCUAUAUCUUUCUUGUAUCUAUCUAUCUAUCUUUUUAUCUAUUCUUAUCUUCUCAUUUCUAUUCUAUCUAUCUUCUUGUCAUUUUUUCUAUCUUCUUGUCAUUUCUAUCUAUCUAUCUUCUUCUUGUUUCUAUUCUUUCUAUCUUUUCUUGUCAUUUCUUUUAUCUCUAUCUAUCUAAUCUGUCAUUUCUUCUAUCUAUCUAUCUACUUGUCAUUUCUAUCUAUCUAUCUAUCUUCUUGUCAUUUCUUUCUAUCUAUCUUCUUGUCAUUUCUAUCUAUCUAUCUAUCUUCUUGUCAUUUCUAUCUAUCUAUCUAUCUUCUUGUCAUUUCUAUCUAUCUAUCUAUCUUCUUGUCAUUUCUAUCUAUCUAUCUAUCUAUCUUCUUGUCAUUUCUAUCUAUCUAUCUAUCUAUCUAACUUGUCAUUUCUUUCUAGCUAUCUAUCUAUCUUCUUGUCAUUUCUUUCUAGCUAUCUACAUAUAUAUAAGUUUCAUGAAACACAACCGACAAGGUCAUUUCUAUUAA